AAAGGAGGUUAAUUGGACUUGCGGACUUGUUGGCUCCUCUCUCCGGUUGUUUGGCGCGCCGUUGCAGCGCAGCUCGUCUGCGCACCUGAAUCCGCCACCAUGACCUCAGCGCAUCUCCGCUUCUGAAAAACUACCAUGCUGGCCUCGGUAAGGGGCGACACCCCCUGCUGUGGCGACCCACGGUGAGUGCGCUCGUUCCCCGCCUGUGGAAUGGCCGGAGUCCAGGUGUCUGCAGCAGCGGAGAGCCGAUGUGGCCGCCCGCUGGAGCCUGCCGGGAUCUGAGAGAGCGCACCAGACUGGGAUGCGAGAAGAGAGAGCCUGAGCACAGAGGGACGAACUCCGGCUUGUUUUACCUGGACCUGGGCCGCCCGGAGCCAUGGCCUCUCAGAUGGUGUGCGGACUGAUCUUUAGGCUGCUGCUGCCCAUUUGUCUCGCAGCCGCUUGCCUCUUCAGGUACAAUGUCCUGUCCCUCGUCUACCUCAUCUAUCUCCUGCUUCUUCCGCUCUUCCCAGAGCCGACAAGCACAACAAUGCAAGGCCACACAGGGCGUCUGCUGCAGUGCCUCUGCUUCACCAGUAUGUCCUUCCUGCUGCUGCACAUCAUCUAUCAGAUUACCGUCAACAGCCUCCUGGCCGGGAACUCCAUCUCCUCCAACUUCAGCUGUUCGUCAUGGGAGAGCUCCAUACGACAGAUUGGCUUCGAGAGUGUUAUUGGCGCAGACGCGGGAAACGGUAUCCGAGUGUUCGUCCCUGACAUCGGCAUGUUCCUGGUCGGACUCGCCAUCUGGCUGCUGUGUCGCACUCUGGUCCAGAAAAGGCCGCCUGAGGAAAUGGGCCAGUACAACGAAGACUUCGACGCAGAGGAACAAGACGAGGAGAAACCGAGCCUGGAUGACGACGACGACGACGUCCUGCUGGAGGACGACCUGGAGGCCGGGUACGAGGCCGAGGAGGACGAGGAGAAUGAGGAGCUCUACGACGAAGACGAGGACGAUGAAGAGGAGGAGGAGGAAGAGGAAGCCAAAGAGAGCACUAAGAUGAAGAUCCUGAGGAUGGUGGCGGAGGUUGCUUCCAAAGUGAAGGAGAUCAUCGGGAACCUGAUCACCACAGCAGGGAAAGUGGUGGUCACCAUCCUGCUGGGCAUGACAGGGAUCAUGCUGCCUUCGCUGACAUCUUUUGUUUACUUCUCCAUUUUCCUGUUCCUGUGCACCUGGUGGUCUCUCUGCCGGACCUUCAACACCCUCAUAUUCAGCUGCAUGUGCGUCCUGAUGGCCAUCUUCAGCGCUGGACACCUCUUGGUGCUCUACCUUUACCAGUUCCAGUUUUUCCAGGAGUCCAUCUUCCCACAAGACAACUACAUCAGAGUCUUUGGCAUCUCCCCCAUCGUCCAGACCAACUGCUCCUACACCUGGAAGCUGAUUGUUCACCCGGACCGUAAGUGGUACCACUUCGUCAAUCCCAUCAUGCUGCUGGUCCUCUAUUACACCCUGGCAACGCUCAUCCGCCUCUGGCUGCAGGAGCCCAUCGACCAACUCAUGGACGAUAAGGAUGAAGAUAUGUGCGAGGAAGAGAAGCAGAGUGGAAACAGACUGAGUAACUCGGCCAACAGGAAGAGGCAGCUCUGGUGGGAGUCUCGCCAGGGCACGGAUGAGAAGAACCUUCUCUCCACCCAGGAUGGAAUCAGUACUACUGAGGUUGUUCCCACCCCAAACGGGACGUCUUUUGACUUCGUCACCACUGAAAAUGGACCGGCGUCUCUGGACUUGUACUCAACCCCCCAGUAUAAACUGGACAAGCUCAGUGAUGGAACAGAGAAGAAAGACGAGUCUGUGUAUGAAGUGAGCUUGCCUCCUGAGGAUUCAGCACUGAAGGAAUCAGAAGAAGAAGAAGAGAAUGACAUUAAGAAAAAAGGAGUCGGCGCGAUGGUGAAAGUUUUCCAUUUCAUCAUGAAACAGAGCUACAUCUGUGCUCUAAUAGCUAUGAUGGCGUGGAGCAUCACCUAUGUGAGCUGGCUGACCUUUGUCUUCCUCAUGUGGUCGUGCGUCCUGUGGAUGGUGAGGGACCGGCGGCGGUACGCCAUGCUGUCGUCCCCCUUCAUGGUGGCCUACGGCAACCUGGUGAUCGUCCUGCAGUACAUCUGGAGUUUUGAGAACAUGACGCCGGUCGCAGGAUUCUUUGUCUCGAAGAAGAACCCGUUCCACUCGCUUUCAUCCAAGAUGUUGUGUCUGUUGACGUUCUGGUUGCUGCUGAGACAAACGCUAACAGAGCGACAGGAGAAGCUAAAAGAAGACAGCGCAGGUCUUUCAGACGUCUUUGUGGACGAACAGAAGAAAAAGGAGGAGGAGGAACCAGAGGAGGGAGGAGAGCAGGACCUCAUGCAGGUUCUGGGCGGCCUGGUGAUGAGCGUUCUGGUCAAAUACUGGAUCUACAUCUGUGGCGGGAUGUUUUUCAUCGUCAGCUUCGAAGGAACCAUCGUCAUGUACAAGAUCAUCUACAUGAUGAUGCUGCUCUCCUCUGUGGCGCUCUAUCAGGUUCACUACGAGUGGUGGAGAAGGAUCCUGAAGUACUUCUGGAUGACUGUGGUGAUGUACACCAUGCUGGUCCUCACCAUCGUCUACACCUUCCAGUUUGAUGGAUCCGACAACUUCUGGAAAUCAGCGCUGAAUGUGACGGACGACAAGUUGAAGGACUUGGGUUUGGAGCGGUUUUCAGUUUCCAUGCUGUUCACCCGGAUCUUUAUUCCCACUUCCUUCCUGCUGGUGUGUAUCCUCCACCUGCACUAUUUCCACGAACCCUUCCUGCAGCUCACCGACCUGCAGGCCGUGAUAGCCAAAGAAGAAAGCACCAUCUACAGCCACAUUAAAGUCAGAGAACGUGUCGAUUUGAUCAUAAAUAGCAUCAAAGAAAAAAUUCCUUCUCAACAGAGCAAACUGGCGGAGCCCGCAGCGAGCCUGGAGGACCUCACCAUGCUCAGCGCGAGCUCGGUGGAGGCGGCGCUGCCCAGGGAGAAGGAGGAGCUGGAGGCGGAGGAGCGGAGCUGGGGCCCGGGAAACGACAAGCAGCAGGCGCUCGUUUUGGUGGCCGACGCCAACAUGAGCGACGAGAAACCCAAGAGCUUCUCCGACCAGUGCCAGUCCAGCACGGAGGAGAGCCAGCGCUGCAGCGCCGCGACAGAGCCGGAGCCAACCACGGAGCAGAGCUCAGAUCUGAAGAAUAAAUGGCAUCUGGUGGUGGACCGGCUCUCGGUGCUCUUCCUCAAGUUCCUGGAAUAUUUCCACAAACUGCAGCUGUUCAUUUGGUGGCUGCUGGAAAUCCACAUCAUCCAGAUCGUAUCAUGCUACAUUGUUAUCGUCUGCAUCUGGGAGGUGUCUUUGCUCAACUAUGUGUUCCUGGCGUCGUGGGCCUUCGCGCUGCCCUACAGCCAGUACCGACCUCUUGCUUCUAGUGUUUGCACUGUCUGGACGUGUGUCAUCAUUGUGUGCAAAAUGUUGUACCAGCUGAAGACUAUAGAGCCCCCAGAAUACAAAUGCACCGUACCAGAUUUUUACCCAGACGAGGUUAAGAAGAGGCUUGUGAAGACGCCGUUGUAUAAUAGCACAUCUGACCUCGGUAACUGGGUCGGCCUGAGGAAGGAUAACGAAGACCUGCUCAGAUACCUCAGGAACAACCUGUUGAUGUUGGCGCUGCUGGCCUUUGAGGUGACCAUCUAUCGCCAUCAGCAGUACUUCAGGCUGAGGAACAAACUGUCGCCUCCCGCAGCCAGAAUCAUCUUCCAUGAUGUCACUCGCCAGCACCUCGACAUCGGCAUCGUCAGCUUUGUUAAAUACUUCGUCAACUACUUCUUCUACAAGUUUGGACUUGAGACGUGCCUGCUGCUGGUGGUAAACGUGAUUGGUCAGCGAAUGGAUUUCUACGCCAUGCUCCACGCCUUCGCCCUCAUCGCGGUCAUGCACAGGCGAAGAAGAAAAGCCAUCGCUGAGAUCUGGUCAAAGUACUGCUUCUUCCUGGCAGGCAUGCUCACAGUCCAGUACUUUGUGUGCAUCGGGAUCCCACCGGCUGCCUGUAAAGAUUAUCCCUGGAGGUUUCCAAACUCUACGACCGGCUCCAACGUGAUCAAGUGGCUCUAUGUCCCAGACUUCCAAAUGAAGCCCAAUCCAUAUUUCCUCGUCUACGACUUCAUGCUGCUGCUCUGCGCCUCUCUGCAGAGGCAGGUUUUCGAAGACGAAAACAAGGCCGCGGUGCGCAUCAUGGCCGGAGACAAUGUGGAGAUCUGCAGAGACCUGGACGCCGCGUCCUUCAGCGUCCACAACCCCGUCCCCGACUUCAUCCACUGCAGGUCGUACCUUGACAUGCUGAAGGUCAUCAUGUUCAGCUACCUGUUCUGGUUCGUCCUCACCAUCAUCUUCAUCACCGGCACCACCCGGAUCAGCGUCUUCUGCAUGGGCUACCUGGUGGCCUGCUUCUACUUCCUGCUGUUCGGCGGUGACCUGUUGCUGAAACCAAUCAAGAAGAUCCUCCACUACUGGGACUUCCUGAUUGCCUAUAACAUCUUCGUAAUCACAAUGAAGAACAUUUUGUCAAUCCUGGCGUGUGGCUACAUCAACUCUCUGGUGAAGAACCAAUGCUGGUUGAUCCAGUUGUUCAGUCUGGCCUGCACUAUCAAAGGUUACCACAUAGAAACCAUACCGUCCAGCCAAGCCACGGGAAACUUCUGUGAGCUCCCCAAAGACGAGGCCGGGAUAAUCUGGGACAGCAUCUGCUUCGCCUUCCUGCUGCUGCAGAGACGAGUCUUCAUGAGCUACUACUUCCUGCACGUGGUGGCAGACAUCAGAGCGUCGCAGAUCCUCGCCUCCAGAGGAGCGGAGCUUUUCCAGGCCACCAUAGUGAAGGCGGUGAAAGCUCGGCUGGAGGAGGAGAGCAAAUCAGUGGAGCAGCUGAAGAGACAGAUGGACCGCAUUAAGGUGAGGCAGCAAAAGUUUAAGAGGGGCAAGGAGAAGAUGCUGAGCCUGGCGCAGGAGUCUGCCGACGGACAGACGCUCGUCCGGCCCGAGGAGGAGGAGGAUGAUGAUGGAGCACAGCGAGCGAAAGCCAAGACCAAAAAAAAGCAGUGGUGGAGGCCGUGGGUUGACCAUGCUUCCAUGGUUAGAAGUGGAGAUUAUUACUUGUUUGAAACUGACAGCGAGGAAGAAGAGGAGGAGGAGGAGAAAAAAGACGAGGAGCCGCCAAAGAAGUCGGCCUUUCAGUUUCUUUACCAGGCCUGGAUCACGGACCCCAAAGCUGCUCUGAAGGCGCGAGCCAAAGACAAACGCAAGUUUUGGAAGAAAUACACAAAAAGAGUGAGAGGCAGGAAAAGCAAGAAAGAUGCAGGUCAUGUUGCGAUCGAAGUGGGGGAGCUUUCUGAUGGGCAAGAGACAGGAGAAGAAAACAAAAAGUCUGCUGGUCCAGACAACAUCAUCAAGCGGGUGUUCAACAUCAUAAAGUUCACCUGGGUGCUCUUCCAGACGACGGUGGAGAGCUUCACCAACUGGAUGAACGACAUGUGCAGGGAGUACAUGGACAUCUCCACCGUGCUUCGCAUCGAGCGCUGCAUGCUGACGCGGGAGGUCAAAAAGGGCAACGUGCCGUCCAGAGAGAGCAUCCAUGUUUACUACCAGAAGGCCAUGAGGCUGAACAUCUCCAGGCAGGCCAGCCUGGACCAGCUGAGCGAGGACGGGUCCAUGUCCGGCUCCACCAAGGGCCCAAAGAGAAGGAGAGCCUUCCCGAUGGAGAGCCAGGACUCCACGGCCUCCAGAGACAGCAUGUCCAGUGCCUUCACGGAGGCCACCACCCUGUUUUCCCGCCAGUCCACUCUGGAAGACAUGGACCCAAUGCCGGAGAACAUUCCCAAAACCAGUCAGCGCCCCAGGCCCAGCCUGCGGAAGAUGUACAGCAUGGACAUUGCUAAUUCGUCCAUAGACAGCAGCAGCAGCGUCGUAUCCAGUGAAACGACUCAAAGCGUCAUGAUCUACUCCAGACAAGGAACCACAGACACCAUCGAGGAAGUGGAGGACGAACAAGAUCAAGGAGAAGACGCUCAGCGUCCCGCGGACAAUCAGGAAGCAGAGGAGACGCAGCGUGAGGAGGUGAACGUUGAAGAUGAUGGUAAAGAGCUGCGGCAACCUGAUGAGGAAGUUGGAGGAGAGGAGCAAGAAGUAGAGGCUGCUCCCUGCGACUCCUUUGGCCCAGAUGAGGGGCCGUCCGCCAGGCAGGACGACGCAGAGUCGGCUGCCUCAUCACGGGAGAACAACUCAAUCAGCGAGAGCGAAGACGUAGUCGGACAGCAGGACUUCUCGCAGACGGAGGACCAGGCCGUCAUGCUCUACACCCCUGAUACGGACGCUUCUAAAACGUCCGACACUGACGUGCCGCCCAGCUACAGCAAGGCGGUGAGCUUUGACCGCCUGGAGGUCAGCAACGACGAGAGCGACGAUGAGAGCGACUCCUACCGGAGGCGGCGGUUGGUCAUGACGUCCGACAGCCGCUCGGACAGCAGGUCGGACAUCAUGCUGCCAUCGAUGACCACCGAGCUGACGGCCAGCGAGCUGCUGCUCAACAAGAUGUUCUACGACGAGGAGCUGGAACAGUCGGACCAUUUCUACCAAACCCAGCCGCUGAUCCUGCAGUUCUGCUACGCCCUCUACAACAUGCUGGUGGCCCACUCCGAGUUCGUUUGCUACCUGGUCAUCAUUAUCAACCACAUGGUGUCGGCCUCCUUCGUCACCCUGGUUCUCCCCAUCACCAUCUUCCUCUGGGCCAUGCUGUCGGUGCCGCGGCCCAGUAAACGCUACUGGAUGACGGCCAUCAUCUACACAGAGGUCACCAUUGUCAUCAAGUACUUCUUCCAGUUUGGCUUCUUCCCCUUCAACCAGAACAAGAUAGACAGGAAUAAACCAUAUCAUCCUCCCAACAUCAUUGGGGUAGAGAAGAAAGACGGAUACGUCCACUAUGACCUGAUCCAGUUGCUGGCUCUGUUCUUCCACAGGUCCAUCCUGAAGUGUCACGGUUUGUGGGACGAAGACGACCCCAAGGAGAAAAAAGAGGCGGCUCGUCAGAGUCAGAGCGAAUCUGAGGACGAGGGCAGAGACAAAGAGGAGAGCGAGAAGGAGUCGGAGCCGGCCUCAUCGCUGAUCAACGAGAGGAGAGGUUCCAACCACACCUUGAAGUCCAUGACCUUUGGCACUUCCAUUGAUUCAGGACAGGUCCAGGUUCAUUACCCGCAGCCGCAGACGUACCAGAGGCGGAAAAGCUCCAGCGGAGGCUCGCAUGUUUCCUACCGAUCUCGAGGUUCUUCUGCAAGAUCCAAGAGAGGAAGUACAGCUUCCCGCCACAGCAGCCACAAAGAUGGCAGCCAGGCCAGCGUCCAGCAGAAGACCCGCAAGCAGAUGAUCAUCGAGAAGCUGAGGGAGCAGCUGCUCAAAGCAAAGGCUUUCGCCAUAAAGCGGUUUUUGGAGCUCUACCUUCCCAUGAAGCAGUUCUUCUACAACCUGAUCCACCCGGAGUACAGCGCCGUCACCGACGUCUACGUCCUGAUGUUCCUCGCCGACACCGUCGACUUCAUCAUCAUCGUCUUCGGUUUCUGGGCCUUUGGGAAACAUUCGACGGCGGACAUUACGUCGUCUCUCUCGGAGGACCAGGUCCCCGGUCCCUUCCUUGUCAUGGUUCUGAUCCAGUUCGGCACCAUGGUGGUGGACCGGGCUCUCUACCUCAGAAAGACCGUCAUGGGGAAGGUCAUCUUCCAGGUCAUCCUCGUCUUCGGGAUCCACUUCUGGAUGUUCUUCAUCCUGCCGGGCGUCACGGAAAAGCGUUUCAGUGAGAACACGGUCGCCCAGAUGUGGUAUUUUGUCAAGUGCAUCUACUUCGGGCUGUCAGCCUAUCAGAUCCGCUGCGGCUAUCCAACCCGGGUCCUGGGAAACUUCCUCACCAAGAGCUACAAUUACGUCAACCUGUUCCUGUUCCAAGGUUUCCGCCUGGUGCCUUUCCUGACAGAGCUGCGAGCGGUGAUGGACUGGGUUUGGACCGACACUUCCUUGUCCCUGUCCAGCUGGAUCUGCGUGGAGGACAUAUAUGCUCACAUUUUCAUCCUCAAAUGUUGGAGAGAAUCUGAGAAGAGAUACCCUCAGCCGCGAGGCCAGAAGAAGAAGAAGGUGGUGAAGUACGGGAUGGGAGGAAUGAUCGUGGUGCUGCUCAUCUGCAUCGUCUGGUUCCCGUUGCUCUUCAUGUCGCUGGUGAAGUCCGUGGCCGGCGUCGUCAACGCGCCGCUGGACGUCUCCAUCACAAUCACCCUGGCUGGAUUCCAGCCCAUCUUCACCAUGAGUGCUCAACAAAAACAACUCCACUCCGUGAAAGAGGACGACUUUGUCGGAUUUAAGACAAAAUUUGUAACAACCGACGAAGCCAAAACGAAUAUGGCCAUGCAGUGGCUGGAGAAGUACUUUCCAGAGGAUUUGAUCAUCGCGGAGCUGAAAGGCAGCUCCAACUCCCUGUGGACCAUCAGCCCGCCCAGCAGACUCAACCUGAUAGAAAUGUUGGGAUCGAAGGAGAAAGGGGAGAAGGGGGAAGAUCAGGAGUUCCUGAUCACCGUCUCCUGGACUGUGCAGAGAAACCUCAGUCUUGGUGCCAAAUCUGAGAUGGCAUCUGGGAAAAAUGUGAUACCUCUGGAAGAAAGCACAAAGCGGGAUCUCGUUAUGCUUCUGAAUGGGACAGCCAGCCAGUUAAAAGUGAUGAUCCCAGAACUCAUUCCCCGCUACAUCCGAGCCCCCAGCGACUCUGAAGCCACGCCCGUUGAACAGCUCGGUGAAAACAUGUUCAACGUUUCCCUCACUCUGAUGCGAGCCCACAACGCCUCUGAUCAGAUCCAGGAAUGGUGGAUCGUGAACCAGGUUGACUCCGGGCCCUUAGGCAGCAUCGGUAUCAAAAACGAACCGGGCCUGAACAUCUACGUCUUCAGCGACCAAGUGAGCCCGCCCAGCCUGGGCUUCCUGGCCGGAUACGGAAUCAUGGGUCUAUACGCCUCCGUUGUUCUGGUCAUCGGGAAAUUUGUGCGCGAGUUUUUCAGCGGCAUCUCCCACACCAUCAUGUUCGAGGAGCUGCCCAACGUGGACCGCAUCCUCAAGCUGUGCACCGACAUCUUCCUGGUGCGAGAGACGGGCGAGCUGGACCUGGAGGAGGACAUGUACGCCAAACUCAUCUUCCUCUACCGCUCGCCGGAGACGAUGAUCAAGUGGACCCGGGAGAAAACCGAGUGACAAACGGAGACGACGCUGAGCUUUUCAGGGGAACUGCGUGAGCACAAAACGGCGCUCAGUCGGCCAUGAUGCCUCGCAGAAACACUGAUUUUAACUUAAACUGGUACAUUUUACUUGUUAAGGGUGAAAAGCAGUGAAACUGAGCACAAAUCUUCAGCUGCAGAAGUUGUUUCUACUGCUCAGCGUGAAACGUGGCUGCAGCUUUACUGAUUUAAGGGCUUUCCACUGAUGAGCAUGAGCACAGUGAGGACCAGACGAGCUCAAUCCCAGACUCUCCAAACAGGAUCUGUCGGAUCGGGACCGAGCAACGAUGGGAGCGCACACAAAACAAAGUCAAUUAGUGACAGAGAAUCAUUACAUUUCUUCACACAAGGCAGUCUGAAAUGAGAAAAAAAUGACUUUCUUGCCUUAUUUUGUUUGUAUGAGAAGAACUGAACCUGUUCAGAAUCACACAUCUUUCUCAGGAAGAGCCGUUUUCACCGAUACGUUUGUGUUGUACCUGUAGGCUUUAACGCAUCUAAAAGAAUGUGAGAUUGUAGAAAAGGUGAGAACUAUUUAAAUGGCAUGAAAUAUAAAUAGAUGGACUGAAGUCAAGUUUGUUUACUGCACAUUUGGGAAGGACGGGUGGGGGGGGGUUCUUUGAAAAAAAUGAGAUCAUUGCCAAUCAGUUACAUUAAUUCAAUCUGAGUCUUCAUCACCCAUAAACUCACAGAAAGACAGAAGAAGAAACGCUUCCUCACAAAAAAGGGCUGAGAGACACGAGCCCUUUGGUCCAGACUAUGCAUUAAAUAACAUUUUAGCAUGACUGAAAAACUUAACUAUUGCCAUGAAUAAUUUUCAGAACAUGUACAUACAGGGGGAUCAUGUUACUGAAGGGGCCGGGCGCUGAGGAAUGAUAUGUGAAAUCGUAGCUGUAUAUUAAGACGAUGUGACAAGAUGUGCAAAUAAAAGAUGUCUUGAAAGGU